GCGGGCCGGGCUUCGCGGGCCCUGCGUGAGCAGCUGCGGCGGCAGAGGCAGCAUCCAGCGGCGGCGCCCGCAGCUCCAGCCCGUUGCUUUACUUUUGGCUGCACCCUCAUAGCCAUUAUGCCGAAGAGAAAGUCACCAGAGAAUACAGAUGGCAAAGAUGGAUCCAAAGUCACUAAACAGGAGCCCACAAGGCGAUCUGCCCGAUUGUCAGCAAAACCUGCUCCACCCAAACCUGAGCCGAAACCAAGGAAAACAUCUGCUAAGAAAGAAGCUGGAGCAAAGAUUAACAGAGGCACUAAAGGGAAGAAGGAAGAAAAGCAAGAAGCUGGAAAGGAAGGUACUGCACCAUCUGAAAAUGGUGAAACUAAAGCUGAAGAGAUCCACAUCUCUCGCUCAACUGUUAAUGUCUCAACCUCCAGAAGUACCCCACCCAGCACAUUGUCAGUAAAGGGGCAGAUUGAAACAGUGAGAGUUAAGGGCUCAGAAAACUGAAUCUGUAGCUAACGAGGGAAAAUGAAUGGUCAUGGAGAAUUGGGGUUGAUUUUUGUGUACCUCUUCAAACAACUUUUAAAAGCUAUUUUUACCGAGUAUUUUGUAAAUGCUAAUUUUUUUAGGACUCUACUAGUUGUCGUACAAAAAUAUAUAAGGGUGGACAUUUUACCCUCUGAUAGUCAUGCUUUUUGGAAAUUUCCAUCAUUCUCAAGUAAAAUAAAUAUCAAUUUAAUAUUGGAAGCUGUGUGUAAAAUUGAUUUAGCAUUCCAUGCACUUGCUUUAAAAUUUUAGUCCUGUGCAUACUGUGGUGUUUUUACUGUGCAUAUUUGAAUUUUUCAUGCAGUUUUUCUAGAGCAAUAAUCAGUGGUGCUUUUGUACCUAGGUUUUAAUGAAACAUGGAUAGUUGUGGCCACCUGCUGACUACUUGUGGUUUAAAAUAAAACGUUUUUUUGUCUGCAAA